CACGCACAAACACACACACACACUGCUUCAAGUGGGGAGCCAGACAGCCAUCAGACAUUGGCGACAAAAAACAAACUUUACCCCCAUUUAUCAACUAAUCUACUCCUGUCUCUAUCUGUCUUUAGCAGCCAUUGGAGAUUGUAUGUAAACAGGAAUCUUUUGUAGUAUGAAAGAUGAAGAAGAAGUUAACCCGUUAAGACUCAGUAUUAUAAAUUUGCUAGAAUGUCAAUGACCAAGUCGUAUAGCAUUACUAGAGGACCUGUGUUAUGUCAUAGUAUUGUAGUACUAUGGUACUUAACUUUUAAAUGAUUAUUAUAGCUUGCCACUGGAGGUAGGGCAUGCAUUAUGGGGCUACAGCUGUUUGUUUCACAUGAUGGUUUCGUGAACUUCUCAUUCUAUGUGGCCGGAGUCUCUUUUUUUCUCGACCACAAGAGGGCGUGCUUUGCCUCAGUGCCUCACCAUGGCCCUACUGCAGUAACACAAUGCAAUACCAUCGUUCCAAAAUGACUUUAGUAGACAUUAGUAUAUAUUUAAGAAUUUACCAGUUAUUUCAUGACAGGAAAUCGUGUGUGUUUGCAGUUUGAUGGUGCUUGACUCCUCAGCUUCAUCCAAUAGAUUUGCAUGAGGCCUGCUGCAAGUUAUCCUGACAGUACCCUAAAUCUCUGUCAUGCCACAGCAAAAUGACAGUGUUUGCAUCUGAAUUACGGGGGAAGAAUGUAGCCUUCACACCAAUUACAGCUAAAUAUCCAUGUAUGUUUUCUCCUAUCCGUGGCUGCAGAGUGCUAUAGUUUGGCCGAGACCACAGGGCUCUUCCCAUAGGCAUGUUCGAAUCGUAUGCAUGUCUGUGGUUACUCCGGCCCCUAAACAUUGGAGGGAUUACAGCAGCUUUCCAUCACUAUCAGUGUCAGACUUUGGGGCCAGGGGUUCAGGCAGGCAAGAUGGGCCCUGCACUUGUUGCAUUCUUACUGGAGGAAUGUGCAUUCCACCCACCACAGCUUUCAUUUUUCUCCCACACCACUCUCCCACUCAUCUUCUUCUCUUCUCUCUCUCUACUUCUUUCACACACUCUCUCCUUCUCUCGCUCUGUCGUAUGAUUAGUGGCUAUCUAUGUGGGCAACUGCAUCGUGUCAUUCUUACCAGUUUCCAUGACAAUGAAAGAUGAAAAUAGCCCAAGAUUAUAAUAACCAAGCCUUUGCCUUGUGCUGUGACUGAAAAAAAAAUGCAGGUCUUAUGGCUGGUCAAAUUAUCUUGUAGCGCUGUGGGGAAAAUCAGAAUGUAUACACUUAAAGAAGUAGGCCUACAAUACAUUUCCUGACUCGUAAUAAGUAAUCAAAUAAACUACUCAAAGUUAUUCUUGUGGCUGUUAUGUGUAUCACGUUGCCAGUUACAUAGUCAGCAAACAGCAGACACUAUGCGUUCACAGCUGUGAAAGGGCGGCAUGUGGAACGUGCCACUCUCCGCGUUGUUGAUAUGGACACACGCACUGUCUUUGAACCACGGCUCUCUGUGUGUUUAUGACUCAGUCGGGUCUGUUGGAACCGAAUAAUUAACCCACUGUGAGUGUGACUGUAUGACUUCACCCAUUGUACAGAGGAAUGUAGAGACAAAUGGCCUAACUAGACAGACUCUCCGAGACUGGGCGGGGAAGCAGAGCGCGAGCCUGCAUGUGAUUGGUUCUUUAGUAUUACAUCACCGUCCAAGGCGGAUCUCCGCGAGACAUGACGCGGUACUGUAGGGGCGUGUUGUCGGAAAAUCAGCUGGAGAAACAAUAACAGAAUCCUGGUGGAGCACUGGGUUGAAACAAAAUGCAGUCGCAUGUGUGUACAGAAAUGCAAUAGCCCCGUUUGGAAUCGUCGACUUAAACCGAAAAGUCAAGAUAAAAAAGGGAGUUCUGUGCGUGUCAGCGACAUAUUCGCUUUCGCUCACUUUCAGUGCAGACAAAAAGCGAAUGUGGCCGAGAUGCUGCUGCUUAUUUGACAGCUGAGGCGGCCUCGACCAUUUUUUUAAAAACUCCUAAAACCUCUUUGGCAACUUUUUCCUAUUUUGCAAACUCAACACUCCUGUGCCCGGUGUAACGGGACCCAGGGGUGGAACUCAGACGGACUGGCAUGUGGGUCAAUUCUGGAACAGUCGGAAGGGCCCUCUCCAUGGAUAUAGAUACGGACUAUGAGCGGCCAAACGUAGAGACUAUCAAGUGUGUGGUGGUCGGGGACAACGCGGUGGGCAAGACACGGCUCAUCUGUGCCCGCGCGUGCAAUGCCACCCUCACCCAGUACCAGCUCCUCGCCACGCACGUGCCCACCGUAUGGGCCAUAGACCAGUACAGGGUGUGCCAGGAGGUGCUGGAGAGGUCCAGAGAUGUGGUGGACGAAGUGAGUGUGUCCCUGAGGCUGUGGGACACCUUCGGAGACCACCACAAAGACAGGCGCUUUGCAUACGGCAGGUCUGACGUGGUGGUGCUGUGCUUCUCGCUGGCCAACCCCAACUCUCUGCGGCACGUGCGCAGCAUGUGGUACCCCGAGAUCAAGCACUUCUGCCCGCGCACCCCCAUCAUCCUGGUGGGCUGCCAGCUGGACCUGCGCUACGCCGACCUGGAGGCAGUCAACAGAGCACGCCGGCCCCUCGCCAAGCCCAUCAAGCCCACUGACAUCCUUCCCCCUGAGCGUGGUCACGAGGUGGCCAAAGAGCUCGGCGUGCCCUACUAUGAGACCAGCAUCGUGGCCCAGUUUGGUGUCAAGGACGUCUUUGACAAUGCCAUCCGUGCUGCGCUCAUCUCACGGCGCCACCUGCAGUUCUGGAAGUCACACUUGAAGAAGGUGCAGCGUCCACUCCUCCAGGCGCCCUUCCUGCCCCCCCGCCCGCCGCGCCCCAUCGUCGGCAUCCCCGACCCCCCCAUGGCUGACGGCGAGGGGCCCGACACGCUGUUCACGCGGCCGCUCUGCGCGGACGUGCUCUUCGUCCUACAGGGCGGCGCCGUGCGGGUGUUCGCCCACAAGGUCUACCUGGCCACCUCCUGCUCCAAGUUCUACGACCUGUUCACCAUGAGCCUGGGAGGAGGUGGUGGGAGCGCAGGAGCAACAGGAGGCGCAGGAGGAGGUGCAGGAGGAGGCGAUGGGGCAGAGGGUGAAGGAGGAGAGGUGCCGACAGAGACAGGGAGUGAAGGAGGAGGAGGAGGAGGAGGAGGAGAAGGUGGAGAAAGCGCAGGACGGAAAGAGGUGGAGAAAAUGGAGGACGAGGAGGAGGAGGAGCAGAGCAGGAGAGGGGCCAAGGAGCAAGCGGGCCGCACCAAGAGCCUGGACAUCGACAAGGGAGGGGAGGGGGCCGCAGGAGAGGGCGGCUCCCGAGGGGCCCGGAGGCCCCUGCUGCUGCAACAAGGCUCCCUCAGGACUUCCCAGAGCGACAAUGCUCUCCCGGCCAGGGGCCAGAGCUCAGCCGUGGGGGCCCCCGGGACAGGGAGGCCCCUGAUGGGCUGGGGAAGGGGCUUCCUGGGGGUGUGCCUGGAGCACGUGCAGGACCCCAUGACAGGCAGGCCCAGGCUCAUGACGGUGGUGGCCAUGGACAGUCUCAUCCAGGAGGGACCCUUUCAGGCGGUGCUACAGUAUUUAUACACGGGCAAUCUGGACGAGGGCCGCGGCGACCUGAUGCAGGUGGCCACCAUUGCGGAGCUGCUGGAGGUGUUCGACCUGCGCAUGAUGGUGGCCAACGUGCUGAACCGCGAGAGCUUCAUGAACCAGGAGAUCACCAAAGCCUUCCACGUGCGGCGCGCCAACCGCAUCAAGGAGAGCCUCAGCAAGGGCACUUUCGCUGAUGUGGUGUUCAGAUUGGACGACGGCUUCCUGCCGGCCCACAAGCCCCUGCUCAUCUCCAGCUGUGAUUGGAUGGCGGCAAUGUUCCGUGGCUCCUUCAUGGAGAGCUACGUAGAGGAGGUGGAGAUCCCCAACACUAAUGUGGCGUGUAUGCGUGCGGUGCUGGAGUACCUGUACUGUGGGCUGCUGACCCCCAGCCAGAAGCUGGAGCCCCUAGAGCUCAUCGUGUUGGCCAACCGCCUCUGCCUACCGCGCCUGGUGGCCCUCACAGAGCAACAUGCGGUGGAUGACCUCCUCCAGGUGGCUGUGAAGGGCGUUGACAUUGACGGACAGGUGCUCGCCUACCUGGAGAUGGCUCAGUUCCACAACGCUAAGCAACUGUCGGCAUGGUGCCUGCAUCACAUCUGCACCAACUACAACAGCGUGUGCCGCAAGUUCCCCAAAGACAUGAAGAACAUGUCACCAGACAACCAGAGGCACUUUGAGAAGCAGCGCUGGCCACCGGUGUGGUUCCUGAAGGAGGAGGAUCGCUACAAGCGCUCGCAGAAGGAGCGCGAGCGGGAGGAGGAGCUCCUCAGGAAGCAGAACACCAAGAGAGGCUGGUGCUUCUGGAAACAUCCGUCGCCGUCCACCUCUCACAUCUCCUGAGGCAGUAAGGUCCGGACCCACCCUCAACCUAAUCAGCAUCUACUGAAGAAGA